GUACACAGGAAGCACCCCAGCUGGACAAGUGCCCAGACUCUGCAAGGUGGCGUAGCGGCCUACAACUUCGGCGUGAGUAAUGUACAGUCCUGGGACCGUCUGGACAUCGGAAGUACUCACAACGACUACAGCGGUGACGUCAUUGCGCGUGCGCAGUACCUCUACAAGCACGGCUGGAACUAGGUCACUUACUCACACGGACACACAAACACACUGACAGACAACCACACUGACACACAGACACAUUGACAGACAAAACACGGCUAGAAUUAGGUCACCCACGCAGACACACAACACGUUGACAGAUAGACACACUCACACACUGACCGACAAACACACUGACCGACAAACACACUGACCGACAAACACACUGACACACAAACACACAGACGCAUUGACGGGACAAACACAGCUAAAACUAGGUCACACACAGACACACAAACAUACUGACAGACAAACACACAGACACACAAACAUACUGACAGACUAACACGGCUGUAACUAAGUCAUUUACACAGACACACAAACACACUGACAGACAAACACAGAUAGAACUCUCUUACACAGACACACAAAACACACUGACAGUCACACACACUAAACGCUCUACAAUGUGCAGAACCAAGAAGGGACAAAAUUCAUCAGCGUAUGGCGCCAAUUCUCAAAUAAAACCUGUCUGGCUUUGACCUGCGUGCAAAAUGUA